AUGUAUGCUGUGACUAUUAGUGAUGAGGGUGACUGUUACCGGUGUUUCCCGCCCGACCCGAGCAUUGAGAUUGCUGCUCUAGGUACUGGUGAGGCUGCUGCUCUAGGUGCCUGUGAGUCUGCUGCUCUAGGUGCCAGUGCGUCUGCAUCCUCAGGUGCUGGUGAGUCUGCGCUCUCAGUCUCCCUGGCAGACCCUUCUGGGGGCCUUGUCCUUUCUCACUUCUCCACUGUCCUCCCGUGUCCGGCUGCCCCCUUUGGCACCUUGUCUGGUCUUUACCUCCCCUCGUUCUCUACAAACUUGGCGACUGGUGCUGACCUACAGGAUGCGGGGGUUCACCAGUUUACUCCUUCGAGUCAGCAGGUGACCCACUACUCGGACGCCCGCACAGGCAGGCACCUGGCCACAUUUACGCGUCGGCCGGGGUCGAGCCUAUACACCUUGACCACUGAGUCUCCUCCUGUCCCUGCGUGUGGUCAGGUAGCUGCGUUGGGUCAAGUGCUUGCUGCAGCGUCCAGGUCUGGUCAUGAGUCUGCCCCCUGCUUGUGUCACCUCCUGUCUCACGAGACUCUCCUGUGGCACCACCGCCUUGGUCACCCCUCCCUGCCUCGUCUCCGAGGCAUGGCCUCCCGUGUCCUUGUCUCUGGUCUUCCCCGGUUCCUCCCUCCCCUUCCUCUGGGACCUGGCCCUUCCUGCGUCCCUUGCGUCAAGGGGCGGCUUCGGGCUGCCCCUCACUCUUCUCAGUUUCCCCCGACAGUGGCCCCGCUGCAGACGCUUCACAUGGCCGUGUGGGGCCCGGCCCGCGUCCGUGGACAGGGUCACAAGCGCUACUUUCUGCUGGUGGUUGACGACUACUCGCGUUACACCACAGUCUUCCCCUUGCGCAGCAAGGGUGAUGUCAUUGAGGUGUUGAUCGACUGGAUCCGCGCAGCUCAUCUCCAGCUCAGGAGGAGCUUCGGCUCAGACUUUCUUGUUCUGCGUCUGCACUCUGACCGAGGCGGAGAGUUCUCCUCUGGCCUUCUGCGAGCCUACUGUCGUGCACGAGGCAUCCGCCAGACCUUUACGCUUCCGGACUCUCCAAAGCAAAAUGGGAUUGCUGAGCGCCGCAUUGGCAUGGUUAUGGUCAUCGCUCGUACGUCCAUGAUGCAUGCAGCCGCCCCCCAUUUUUUGUGGCCGUUUGCGGUCCGGUACACGGCGCAUCAGAUCAACCUUCACCCUAGGGUCUCCAUGCCGGAGACCUCCUCAGCUUUGCUGUGGACGGGGAAGGUAGGCGAUGCGUCUGCGUUCCGUGUCUGGGGAUCUCGGGCGUUUUUCUACCACCCCACCUCUCGUCGUGUUGUGUCCUCCCAGGAUGUCACGUUUAACGAGUUGGUCCCCUACUACCGCCUCUUCCCCUACCGCACUCAAUCCCUCCCCCCGCCACUGCUCUUCGUUGUGCCAGGUCCCCCUCCGGUAGACCCCCUCCCCCCUUAG